AUGUCCCGGCGAGCGAGGCUUUGCUCAAGCCCCCUAUCGCAUCCCCUUCUGAAACCCCUGCGGAUGAGCCCACAACGCAGAACGUGCCCCCCCCCAAGCGAACCAGAGAGCAUCAUCGACACUUCCCUCCGCGCCCGGUCCGCACGCAAGCGGGGGGCGCCGAACGGCUCUGGUGCAGCCCCCCAGAAGCACGACACGACGACCUCGUCCAAGGGGGCGGAGCAGCCCAGUAGACGAACCCACUUUUGCGUCUCGAAGGGGCGGGGUCUUUUCCAAGUGUGCUCUGCCAAGAAGCUGUGGCAAGGAAGAAAGAUUAUGACGAUUGCACGCUAG